CAGCAAUCGCCCCGAUGCCGUUCGACGACGCCGCCCUCGACACCACGGACGCCGACAUUACGGAGCUCCUCAACGAAGGCAUCUUCGAGUACACGUCGAGCGGCGCCGGUAGCGAAGACUCGAUGGACAACGACUACCCGUCGUUCGUGGAUGUCGAGCCCAUCGCGACUACGUGCAGCAGUGCCGACGAGCAACACCUGUCUGCAGCAACCCUGCAUGACCUCAGCUUUGCCGAGCGCACGACCAAGUACCUGGAAAAGUUGUACGUGAUGUUGGAGCAAUGUCCGGAAACGAUUGCCGCGUGGACGAAAAACGGCACGUCGUUUGCCGUGUUCAACUGCGACUCGUUGGAAAAGACCAUUCUGCCCCAGUUCUUCAAGCCGAUCAAGUUUGAAAGCUUUGCGCGACAACUCAACUCGUACGGGUUUCGCAAAUCCAAGUACAACCUCCAGCACAAGGUCGUGUUUGAGUUCAGCCAUCCAGACUUUGUCCGUGGCCAGUCCGACCAGUUGCAGUCGAUCAAGCGCCGCCGACGUGUCAAGCGAGGCAAUGCUGCCGUCGCGGCGGCGUCAUCGGUGACACUGGUUCUGGACGAAAGCCAAAGUGGCGACGUUCAGACUACCCUGCGUGAACUCAUGUCGUUUGUCCAAUCUCUUCAAGCGGAACUGGCAGCUACCAAGGCUCUCGUGCAGACCCUCCUGGAGAAGAAGACGGUGGCCAUAUAGCGCUGCAGAUGAGCCACCUACAUAGUCUCGCUAGUUUCUUUUUAACUUAUUUUACAACCGUCUCUUACGGCAUCUUCUCUCCA